AUGUCAGACAGCAAUUCCUGGAGCGACGGUAUCCUUCUCAAGGGAUGUUCUCAACUGCUCGAGAGCCCCUGUUCCUCGUCGUUGUCGUCAUUGAUCCACUUGCUCUUCCUCGGCACCAUCGUCUACCAGUUCUUCCCCGAAAGCAAACGCGUCAUCAUUGACGGCUCCGAAUACACGGCCUUCAUCUUCGUGCUCUUGGUUAGCUCCGCCGUCACCCACAUCUACUACGUCGUCAAGAAGCAUCACUCGCCCAGCUCCAUCCCCGACGAGCUCUUUGUCCACCUGCCUGUCUCGUUUUACCACAGCUGGACCACCGUGCUUGUCGUCUUGACUGCAUUCGAGGCCUUCUGCGUCUCUUCGUUCGACCACAAGGCCGGCAUUUGGACUAAGGUCUUCGUCUUCGUCUCCCUCUUCUCCCUCAAAGUCACCGCUGCAGCCUACGCCUUCUCUUCUCUCGAAGGCGAUCUGUCGGCCUCCAUCGCCAUCUGGGACGGCGGAGGAAAAUAGCGCGAAAUACUUGACUUUGUUUGUUCUCAAUCGUUUCCUUCUCCCUCCACGCAUCGCACCUAGAAUGAGACGGGUGUCGAAACGAUUCUCCGGAGGGACCACAGGGUGUACGCGGCGAGUACGCGGACUCAGAGUAUACAAAGCCGAAUGCGUAAAUAGGCUUAGUAGGAGCUCUUCAGACGCCAAGGUCUCAUGAUUCGAGGAAGGGCUACCCAGCUCGUCGUGGUUGUGGAAAAGCAGGCAACAGGUCAGUCAAGACGCUCAGCGGAGUCGCCGGAAGUCCGAGCUGCCACGUGGUUGUCGUUCCGUCGAUGGAUCCGGAAACUACCGGAUCCCUUCCCUCCCCACCACAAAAUAAUUCAACCUUCUCCUCAUCCACCGGACGCGAAAUAAAUGACUUUCAUCCCACCACCACACGCGUUGUACGGCUACGUCGGCCAGGGCGCUCAAAUCGCCGUAACCACAGGCAAUCUCUCCUCCGGUCUCGUCGCCGGAAUAACCCUCUCGGCCUCCAUGCUCGCCGUCCCACCUCUCUUCCUAGCCGCGUCCGCCGCAUCUACCCUCAUCCCUGCGACCGAGAACCUGCUCGCUCGUCAAUGGGCUAGAUUAUGUAACACGGGGAAGAUAGUCGCACCGCCGCUUGCGGCUACAAGCGUACUUUCGUUGUUCUAUGCUGCGUAUGCGUAUUGGUACGAACACCCGCAACUCGACGGUCUCUAGUUAGCCUACAUCGGCUCUAGUGUCCUCACCCUCUCCAUCAUCCCCUUCACAUUACUUGCAAUGGCGCCCACGAACAACCGCCUCCUCCGUGCUGCCGCCGGCGAUCCAGAUACCUCGUCUUCGAACACUGCGACUGGCGUCAAAUCCUCAGGUCCCGGCGCGACAGGCGACGCCACGUCGCUUUCCGUCGACGAUCAAGUCCAACAAGUCGUCAAGUGGGCGAAGCUGAACUACGACAGGGGUCCACUCUCGCUCGCUGGUUUCGCGAUCACGGUAUGGACUACGGUUCCUGGUGCUGUCAAGGAGGUCGUCAGGAGGGGUCGUAUAAUCGGGAUGGGAGUGAAGAGUGAAUUCUUUGUUUAUUCUAUUGGGCUUAUGUGCUCGAUGUUAGCUUUUUCUUGUUAUUUGUACACCGAGCAUGUCGAAUGACCUGCUCUUUCUAUAAUUGACUGAUCC